UCACGUUUGCGUCACGAUUUUCGACAGUGAAUGCGAGUCUGUGAACCAUGCCAGCGGGGUCAUCGUAUGAGGGACGGUAUAUUCGAUGAGCACCGGGACACAUCACGAGACAGUGCGCGACGAAACGAUCGCGAGAAAAGACGAUGUUCCGUUUCGGUGCACGCGGGAGAUCGGUUUGCCUGGAGUGCUUUGAGAAAUGUUUGAGGAAUCUGGCCGAGAGUGGCCGAGAAUUCUCCGGACUAGCGAUUAAAGGGGCAACCAGCCCGAAACAGGGCGCCUCGAGAUGUUUGAUCGAUAGUUUCGAGCGAUUGAAUGGUAACGACGUUCGCUGCUCGUCGUCGUCGACGGCAGCGAAACCGGCGCCGGAGCCCAGGAAGACCUGUUUGUACGACCUUCACGUGGAACAUCGAGGUAAAAUAGUCAACUUUUCGGGAUGGCUGCUGCCAGUUCAAUAUCAAGAGGCGAUAGCAGCGUCCCAUCAACACACCAGAACGUUCGCGUCGAUGUUCGACGUGGGCCACAUGAUGCAGACUAAAGUCUCAGGAGCGAGCGCCACUGAUUUUCUCGAAUCUUUGACCACCAGUGAUCUGAAGAAGCUGAAGAAGGGUAGCGCGGUGCUAACAGUGUUCACUAACGACAACGGAGGCAUUUUAGACGACCUGAUCAUCACCAAGGAUGACGAUGACAAGUACUUUGUGGUGUCCAAUGCUGGCAGAAGGGAGGACGACUCGUAUUUACUGUGCCGGAAGCAGGAAGACUUCAAAUCCCAAGGGAAAUCGGUGAAUCUAGAAUUUCUAGAUCCCUUGGAGCAAGGUUUGGUGGCCUUGCAAGGCCCAACAGCAGCGACCGUUCUCCAGCGCUACGUGAACAUCGAUUUGAAAGAGUUUAGAUUCAUGAAUAGCGUAGAAACCGAGAUAUUUGGAAGUCGGGUUAGAGUAUCUCGUUGUGGGUACACAGGGGAAGAUGGAUUCGAGAUAUCCAUGCCAGCGAAGAUCUCGAACAGCGUGGUUCAGAGACUCUUGGAAACGUCUGAUACGAAGCUAGCUGGUCUAGGAGCUAGAGAUACCUUGAGGCUGGAAGCUGGUCUCUGCUUGUACGGUCACGAUAUCGACGAGGAAACUACCCCUGUCGAAGCUGGGCUAACUUGGCUAGUAGCUAAAAGGAGAAGGGCGGAGAUGAACUUCCCCGGUGCCCAAAAUAUAAUAUCACAGAUCAAAUCAGGGCCCAGCAAGAAAAGAAUCGGUCUCAUAUUGGGACAAGGACCACCAGCCAGAGAAGGGGCGGCUAUUUUGACACCGGAAGGUGAACGCGUUGGUAAAGUGACAUCCGGUAGUCCGAGCCCAACCCUUGGGCGACACAUAGCGAUGGGGUAUGUGCCUCCGGAUUUAGCUCAUUCCGGCGGAGGAGUGUUAGUCGAAGUUAGGGGGAAAACAUACAAAGCUACUGUGACAAAGAUGCCUUUUGUCAAGACAAACUAUUACAAUACAGCUAAAUAAUUCAUUUACAUUUGUGUAGCGUGUAGAAAAUUGUUGAGAACGGAGUACAAAAUUCAUUAUAUAUUUUAACAAUACCUAUAAGAAAAAACAGCGCAAUUGUGUUUAUAGUACUUUCAAGAUUUGCUUCAUGACAAUGUAUAAAUUUGUAUAUACAUAAUAUAAAAUAGUAUUUAUGUAUAAUAA